AUGAAGAACCUCUUCCUCGGAGCGGGCGUCCCGCUCACCACGCGCCCUCCGGAGUCCACGAUCGAGCCCAGCCUGUCCUCCAUCUACGCGGCCCAGGCCACGGCGGUCCCGCUGUCGCCCGUUUCCAACGUGGCCGGCAAGGCAUUCGAUCGCAUCAUCCAGAUCUGGCUGGAGAACACCGACUACAAUGCCUCGGCUGCUGACUCCAACAUGCAAUGGAUUGCCAGCCAGGGCAUCCUGCUCACAAACUACUUUGCCGUCACCCACCCUUCCGAGCCCAACUACGCCGCUGCUGUCGGCGGUGACACGUUCGGCAUGGACAACGACGACUUCAACUCCUUCCCGGCCAACAUCUCGACCGUGGUCGACCUCCUCGACACCAAGGGCAUCUCGUGGGGCGCCUACCAGGAGGACAUCCCGUACGCGGGCUUCCAGGGCUUCAACUUCUCGAACCAGAAGACGUUCGCCAACGACUACGUGCGCAAGCACAACCCGCUGGCGCUGUACCAGAGCAUCACCAACAACGCGACGCGCAGGGCGCAGAUCAAGAGCUUCGUCAACCUGACCAGCGACAUCGAGGCCAAGAAGCUGCCGCAGUGGAGCUUCGUGACGCCCAACAUGACCAACGACGGCCACGACACCAACAUCACGUUCGCGGCCGCGUGGGCGCGCGCCUUCCUGGAGCCGCUGCUCAAGAACGACUACGUGAUGAACAAGACGCUGCUGAUCCUGUCGUUCGACGAGAACGAGGACUACCCGACGCCGAACCGCGUGUACACGGUGCUGCUGGGCGGCGCCAUCGACAGCUCGCUGCGCGGCACGACCGACGACACCUUCUACAACCACUACAGCAUCAUCUCGACCGUGUCGGCCAACUGGGACCUGCCGUCGCUGGGCCGGUGGGACUGCGGCGCCAACGUGCUGGCGCUGGUGGCCAACAAGACGGGCUACCGCAACGCCGACGUGCCGCUCGACGGCCUGUACUUCAACGCCUCGUACCCGGGCCCCGUCUCGGACGCGCUCUUCACGCCCGGCUGGUGGCCCGCGCCCAACACGCUGGCCAAGUGCGCCUCGGGCCGCGGCGUGCUGCAGUCCGUCGUCGACACCUGGGGCAAGCAGUCCGGCACGUUCAACUACACCAACGUGUACCCCUACGACGCCGUCUCCGGCGUCGCCACCGGCGGCACCCUCGUCACGGGCCGGCUCUGGCUCCGGCUCCGGCUCCGGCUCCGGUAG